AUGAAUAUAGACCCAACAAUUAGCCAUGAAAUGCUCUUCAGUGAACGCCCGCGGACUGCUUUUACAAUGUCUCCGGAUCAGGCACUUUUCAGUUUGGUUAAGGUUAUGCUUGGAACUGGACUUUUGUCGUUGCCGUUGGCUUUUAAACAUUCUGGACUUUGGUUAGGACUUUUUCUUCUCAUCAUUAUUUGCGGUGUUUGUACAUACUGCUGUCGAAAUUUGGUUCAUUCUUCUGUAUUUCUAUGCAAUCGAAAGCGACAAGAAAUUAUGGACUAUGGAAACGUUAUGAGAAAUGCAAUUGAAUGUGGACCUCCAUGGAUUAAUCAACGUGGAUAUUUCUUUAAACAAUUAGUCAACAGUACAAUGUUUAUUGCGCAACUUGGAUUUUGUUGUGUUUAUUUUGUAUUCAUGGCUGAUAAUUUAAAACAGUUCUUUGACGAAACUUCAUGUAUCCAUAUAUCCCAGGCUGGAUGGAUUGCGAUGCUGUUAGUUCCUACUUUGGGGUAUUUUUUAAAUUAUUUUUUAAUUUCUUUUGGGGACAAAACGUGGAGUACUAAACCCCCAAGAGCCGCCGAAAUAUCAAACUUUUAAAAAAAAUUGUUGAAAGGUUGUUCUAUCAAUGGGGAAGGUUUUGAUUAAUUUGGGAUUUAUUUAUCAAUUCAUUUACACAGUUUUGGUAUAUCGACGGCUCUUGUUGGUUUGGUAUUUGGCGUUUUUUGUUUGUUUGGUUUUAGAUGUUUUAGUAUUCCGGGAUCAUACCAAAAAAUAGGUAUUUUACAAUUCUUAGGUCAAAAAUCGAAAGCGAAGACUUUUUUUAAGAACUUUCACUUCAUUCUCCUAAAGAAAAAAGGGGGCCGCGAACAACGAAAAAUAAAUGUUGUUAAUAAAAGUCUAA